CGCCUGACCGCGCCGCGCGCCCGCCGCCGCCGCCGCCGCCGCCGCCGACCGACCCCGCCAGUCACCACAUGACGCUGACGGUGCUGCGUCGUCCGGAACUGGCAGAUGACCUGAUGAUGCUGCCAGCGGAUCUCCAGGACGUCAACAUUGAGUACUUUCCAGGCCACUCCCAGCCCCACUACCUAACACCAGUGGAGGCUACAACAACUCUGGAUGCUCCAGCGCGCUUCACCGCCAGUCAUUCGAUCACAAAUCUGGACGACUCGCGCCUGGAGCCACAGACGUGCGAGCCUUCGGCGGCGCCGCCGGAGCGGCACGACACCCCCUGGACUACGUCGGCCGGCUACGUCGAGCCCUACCAGAGCCCGCCCAUCUACUACGGCCACCAGCCGAGCUACGCCGAGUCGUACUCGUACGCGGCCGAGAGCUGGGCGCUGCCGCCGCCGGGCGCGGCGCCGCUGCUGUGGUCGCCGGCGCCGGAGCCGGCCGGCCGGCCGCUGCUUGGUGCCGCCCAGACCGACUACAGCCAGCCGCCGCCGGCCGGCUGGGCGGACGGCCGCGACCCCAGCCCGCCGGCCUGGGGCGACGGACGGGAGCCCAGUCCGCCGCGGCCGCUGGGCGCCGAGUCGGUCACACCGCCGCAGCAGUACUGGAGCCCGCCGGCCACCAGCGGCCGCGACCCGCGCGCCACCAGCCCGGCCUUCUUCCCGGGGCCGCUGAGGUCGCCGGGCGCGCGCUACACCCUCACCGAUGUGCGGGUCCAGAGACCGGGCCGCGCGCCGUUCGCCGGAGCUGAGGCCGGUGGCAGCCGACGCAGGAACCGGAGACAGAAAGGUCAGCCGAAGAUCGGAAAGCUGUGGCAAUUUCUGCUGGCGCUGCUUCACGACAAGUCCCACAACCCCUCCAUGAUCAAGUGGGACGACUUCGAGCAGGGACGCUUCAAGUUCGUCCAGAGCGAGGCCGUGGCGCGCCUCUGGGGAAGCAGGAAGGGCUAUGAGACCAACAUGACCUACGAAAAGCUCUCCAGGGCGAUGAGAUACUACUACAAGCCGGGCAUCCUGGAGCCAGUGGUCGGCCGCCGUCUGGUCUACGCCUUCGGGCCCAACGCCGACUGGAAGACGCCCCCGGAUGUGUCCCUCGUCUGAACGAGCCGAGUCGGAGUCGGAGUCGUUCAGGGACUCCCGGUCGGCCGCCGCAGCUGAACUCUGGACUCGCGCGUCCGGCACCGGAAUCUGCGGUGGACUCAGCGCAAACCAGCGACCGACCAAAACAGAGCGACUGCGGAGGCAGCGACUGGCACUCGGACAAACUGAAAAUGGAGUCGCCAUGGCUCGCUCUUGCUGUACGCGGACGCAGCUUCAGGCCGUGGACAGCCGGUAUCUUAUCCCGUGCCUUUUUAGUGCCUGGAGGGCAGGUCGCGUGCCCGCUGAGUGGUCCAGAGCAGGCCGCUUCCGCCGGAGGCCGUCAAUGCUGCCGCGGUGGCUGUGGUUCGAGUCGGGACAGUGUGAGCCGCUGCUCUAUCAGCGCCGUCACGACCGGACCGAGCGAGCAGGGCCGCCGACCCCGCUGUUUUCCCGACAUACGCUGCAGCACAACGUCAUCAACAGCGUGCGAACGCCACGCGCGCCGGCAAACAGCGGUACCGCCGCCGCCGCUCGGAAACGCGUCCGAUCUCAGCAACGCACGUGUGGAGGAAACUUCCACACGCUAAACGUGGACGCGCUUGUAAUUGAUUUUUCGCAACUUUUGUGUAGGUGUUGCAUGAAACGUGUACUUUUGUAGACAUGUGUGACAAACUGGGAGAGUUUGAUAUUCCCAAGACGUUGCGCUAGCGUUUUAAAUGUUCAUUGUCAAAUAUGGUAACGUUAUUGUCAACAAACUUGCGUUCAACGCAGCCUUUCAAAGCAAUGCCACAUCGGUGGCUGUUGGGCACUGACCCGACUGGCGCGCUCCGUGCCAGGCAUUCCACUGCGCCCCACGUGCCUGUCUUUGGAGCCCCACCUCCGGGACGUGCCCCGUGGUGUUCCGCCGCCCAUCCCCACCCACCCCACGACCAGCCGCAGUGUCCGGGACGGCCUGCCGCUUCCGGCGCCUCUGUCACCCCCGGUCCGACCACCGCACCCGCGGUCUCCGACCCGCCGCUCGUGGGCCGCAGGGGGCUGCUCCAGAUGUGCUCCCGGAGCUGUACCAGCUGCGGACACUGCGGGGUCGCGUGCCGCGCCGUCACCUACUCCUGGGGGGACGAGGAAGUCCUGUUCCGAACUCUCCCGCGCCCCCCCCCCCCCCACGUGGCGCGGGAGCCGGCGGCGGCGAUGCGGGCGGUGGUCCGGGGAUUUUUGGCGUGGCGCGUCACGCCGCGGCGUGCCGGCCGUGCAGCGGCGGCGGCGGCGGCGGCGCUGCUGAUUUCAGGAGACGCCGUUCGUGUGGGCCGCCGGCAAACAGGGCCACUUGCGGCCCACCGAGCGCACGAGCUUUUCGGGCAGAACUUGCCGACGGUACCGACCGGUGCGCUGCGCCGCUCCGUGGGCCCGUGCCGGGCACCGAGGACGCUGUUUGAACUUGGCAGCGGGGUGGUGGGCCCCGGCCGACCGGCCGCUCGCCUGACGGGCACGCCGCUCGCCAGAUCGGCCCUCGGAUCGGCGGCGGUCGUCGCGUGACACAACUGCAGGCUAUCAGGGGCACAGCACACGGUCUAACGGGUUUUCUGGGAGUGGCCGUUCGGCGGGCCGGGGCCACUCGCCACCAUGCGGCCGCACAUGCAACUGAUACAGAUGUAGGCUGUGUUCGACGCUUUCACAACCGGCGACGCCGGCCUGCAUGUGCAAGUGUGCUUGUAGCUGCCGGCUGGACGGUCACGAAGAGCCACGGCCGCGCUCGGCGCUGUCUGCAGGCCGUCUCUCCCCUGUCUGCAGGGCUGUCUUGCUGCAGCGUUCGGCGCUGUCUGUAGGGCGGAGUUGGCCAGGCCGCUCCGUUCCCGCGGCCUGGUCUCGUACCUGACCAUAUGUCCCGUCUCGCCCGAGAGGCUACCAGACAAGAGGGUUGUUGAAAAAUGUACAUAAUGUCAAGAGAUGUUCUGCCAUCGCCGUCGGGUCACAUGGACCACUCGCGAGAACCCCGCAGCGUAGAAUUCCACAGGCGAUGAUGUGCUUUAAGAUGUAGAAGGCCUGCAAUGUGUGGUCUGUUUUGCGGUGUUCGGCGCUUCCGUGUGCAUGUUGAUAAGAGUUUUGGUACUGUGAGAGGUAUUUAUAUGCGUCUGAUGCGAGUGUACAACUGUGCGAUGUAAAUAGAAUGGAGCAAGCGAUUCCAUGACUUGACUGCCGGCCAUGGUCAUAGUUUAAUAUUUACUGGUAUUUAUUGUUGUAUUUAAUCAUGCAAUGCUCAAUACAGACCAGAAUCGGA